AUGGGCAGCCACAAUGUGGCUCGUGUUCCCGCCCCGGCACCCCGUACCACCGAUCUCCAUUCGCCAAUCACCAAGCGCCUCACCAAUUGGUCCCGUCCAUCAGCCAGAUCCAUCGGUAGGCGCGGGCAGAUACAUGGCUCGGAUGCCCGAUCGAGGGAGAGAGUCCAGGCUUGUUUUCCGGGCCGGAAAGUUCAAGCUUCAGAGUUCGAGUCUUCGGAUCCCCGCUGGCUCUCGCUCGGUCUCUCUCGCACACGCACACGUACAACCGUGACCACCACCUCUCGAAUCCUCGAGUCCACGUCAACCUUGACCCAUCACAAUUCACCAGCAUACCAUCCAAAGCAAAAGCGAACCUGGAAAGCAAGAGCAAAAGCUUCGAGAUCGUCCGUCCACUCCGACCACGCGCAUCUUCCUCCUCUUCCAUCCUCCGGGCCACGUCCGGACCAGCUCCACAGAUCCACCAUCCAGUAUCCACCAAAGCUCGCGUCUGUGACAUUGCACCACGCUGCACAGCCCAGCUGGAGCAGACAACCCUGGGAUCUCAAAUCUCUCGUCAAGGUCUGGCCCAUCUAG